GGUUUCACUCGGGUAUAUUAUAAUUCGUCCCCGUCCCCGCCUCCAAAACCUGAGACGCGCAAACGCCAACCUCCUCCCCCUCCGGCCCCCUCGCGCCCCAGCCGCCGCCGCCGUCGCCGCCGCCGACUGCAGCCAUGUCGCUGAUCGCGGGUGAGGAGUUCCAGCACAUCCUGCGUGUGCUCAACACCAACGUCGACGGUAAGCAGAAGAUCAUGUUCGCGCUCACCUCCAUCAAGGGUGUGGGCCGCCGCUUCUCCAACAUCGUCUGCAAGAAGGCCGACGUCGACAUGAACAAGAGGGCCGGAGAGCUUUCCGCGGAGGAGAUGGACCGUCUGAUGGCGGUGGUGCACAACCCGCGCCAGUUCAAGGUGCCCGACUGGUUCCUCAACAGGAAGAAGGACUACAAGGACGGCAGGUUCUCCCAGGUCGUCUCCAACGCCGUUGACAUGAAGCUCAGGGAUGACCUUGAGAGGCUCAAGAAGAUCAGGAACCAUCGUGGUCUGCGUCACUACUGGGGCGUGCGUGUCCGUGGUCAGCACACCAAGACUACUGGCAGGAGAGGAAAGACUGUUGGUGUCUCCAAGAAGCGAUAAGCUGCUUCACAAAGAAAGCUGCAUAGCUUUGCGAAAAUGCCGAACGGCGGACGAGCACUCUGUGGACCAUAUCAGCGCCGUCUGUUUUCUAUAUUGAUCAGAUCCCUCCCGGUAUUUACGGGCGCUGUCCCCUGUAGAUGCUCACCCACGCUUGUAUCCCGACCGACGUGACGUGUCCAUGUGCCCAGAUGAGAGCAUAGAAUAAUACCAACCUGUUACCUGUCAUUUAAGAACAGGGCGUUAGUCCAGUGUGCUGUACAGAUUAUGAUACUAGCAACAGUCUUUUACGGUCACUAAACCAAUAGUAAUCACAUGCACAUGGAUUUUAAUUAGUUUAUUAUUUUGA